AUAGAGUCCACUCUUUUAAAUCAAUAUAUCUGCCUUCAAGAUCACUCUCUCUCUCAUUUCCUCGCGACCCGAACAACAUACGGAGAGAGCUUAGACUUCAUCUGAUUUUAGGGUUUCCCUUCCUAUCUAAUUUCUUCAUCGUGAAGCCCUAAUCCUCGGAUCAGGUCUGAGCAUUCUGGUUGUUAGGCUUCCUUGAUAAGCUAAGUUUCAUGUCUGAGCUCGAAGCCCAGAUUCCUACUACCUUUGAUCCUUUUGCUGAUGCAAAUGCUGAAGACUCUGGUGCUGGGGCAAAAGAGUAUGUGCAUAUCCGUAUACAGCAACGGAAUGGUAGGAAAAGCUUGACUACUGUGCAGGGUUUGAAGAAGGAAUUCAGCUACAACAAGAUACUCAAGGAUCUCAAGAAGGAAUUCUGCUGCAAUGGCACUGUAGUACAGGACCCUGAAUUAGGGCAGGUUAUUCAACUUCAAGGUGAUCAGCGGAAGAACGUAUCUACCUUCCUUGUCCAAGCUGGCAUUGUGAAGAAGGAAAAUAUAAAAAUCCAUGGUUUCUGAGUUCCAGUAACUCAAUUCUCUGCCUGGUGCAUUCCCCUCCUAUGUUGGUGCGGAAAUUGUUUGAACUUUAGAAUCUAUUUAAGCUGCUAAAUCCCUAGUCAUGUUGGUUUGAUAUGACAUAAAAGAUCUGUUUUAAGUUAUUUAUUUUCUAUAAGCUGGUUCUGUGUGGGAUGAUGAUGAUGGCAAAUGUGUCUGUAAGCUCCUCUCUUCUGAAUGGUUACUGUUAUAAGAAGUUGAACUGUGAGAAUAUAUUUCUUUUCCUUUUGGAUGCAAUUUUCUAAAAGAUUCCUGCUUUUUAUCA